ACUCUGUCAUUUUCUCCGCUGUUUCCAAGGUGUUGUACGUUGCCGAUCUGUAUUCUGUUUAAGCCCAUCCCUUCUUUUCCUCCCUCUCACUCCACUUUCACACCUUUCACUUUGUACACUCACAAACCCUAGCACAGAUUAGUAGAAUCUUGACAUCCCAGAAACCCCACAGAGGUUUAUCAGCUAAAGGGUGCUCAGAUUACCCGUUUUCUUGGAUUUUCGUCAUGGGUAACUGUAUGGACACUUCGAUGAAAUCGACGGCGGAGAUUGCGCCGGCGGACGCGAUCAAGACUCAGCCGAUGGUCAAACUGUACGGGACGCCGUUCAGCGUCGACACCUACUGCGUCCGUUUCGCGCUCCUCUACAAGCCCGUUGCUCUCAAGUUCGUGCCGUCCGACCAGCACGAGACGCCGGUGCUCGAGUACAAGUCCGACACAGUCUCCGGAUCGAUAGAAGUUCUGGUUCAGUUCUUGGAUGCGAAGUUCCCGGAGCCGCAGCUGCUGAAGGGGAGCGUGGGCGGGUGGCACGGCGAGACGACGCCGCUGGUGGUUUGGAUUGCGACUCUGCAACACCGGAGCAUGAUGUGGCACCUGGAUCGGAUGGUGAGGUGGGCGGAGGAUCUGUCUGAUCGUGGGGGAAGGACGACGGGUGAUCCGGCGAUGGGGAGCCCUCGGAUGGAGAUUAGGAAGUUCGCCAAGAGAUAUUCUCAGCUGCUGGAACUGUUCUUGGAGCAUGCUCAGAUGGAAGAGAGGGUUCUCUUCCCAAUCUUGGAAAAAGCUGAUCGAGGAUUGUGCAAAGGUGCAAACGAGGAGCAUGCAAGAGAUCUGCCGGUAAUGAAUGGUAUCAAAGAAGACAUUAAAUCCAUAGGAGUUCUUGAUUCAGGGAACCCUGUCUUCCAAGAAGGCCUCUCCAAUCUUUCAACUCGCCUUAAAACCUUACAGGAACAUUCAAAAGAGCACUUUGAGGAGGAAGAGAAGGAGUUGCUGCCGCUAUUGGAGGCAGCAGAGUUGAGCAAACUGCAGCAAGUGAGUGCAUUAGAACAGUGUUUGGAAGCGAUGCAUGGGACGCACGCCCACCUGUUCCGGUUUUUCAUGGAAGGACUCCUUCCCCAGGAGGCAAUGCAGUAUAUGGACAUCAUUUCCAAGUGCAGUGACAAGGACCGGGUGUGCAAGCUGUUCCGGUUGGUUGUUGAGAAAGAGAAUAGCUUUGGCAGCGCCAUGGGCGAUCCCCAUUAACAUUAACAAACACGGUGAUGGCGAUUGGUUUUUGCUUAGCCCGCUGGUGAAGGUCAAACUCUUCACACAGUUCGUCUUUUAGAGUGACUUGACAGUUGGUUAGUUUCCUUUUAGAGUGGAUGCGAGAAGCACAAGAAUUGAAUGAGCAAAAAGUGGUCUAUUUGUAGAUGGGGUUCGUUGGUUACUUUCCUUUACAUGUUCUUGCCUGCUUAAUAUGUAAAUGAUGACGACGAACUGCUAUAUCUUUUUCUUUGUACGUAAAUAACAAGUUCUAAUUUGGACUAUUCUCAUACAAAUGAUGAGGAUGGACCAAGUUUUAGAGGUCGACUGGAUUUGAUUGGGUAAAUCACCCGAACCAUAAUAAAGGACAACGUUUGAAUACA